AAUGCCAUAAGCCUAAAGAAAAGAUCUCAAUGACUCUAUUACUAUUACUCCAGGUCCAGGCUAGUAUUAAAUACCAAAAAUACGAGACAGUCAAAUUAUUACAAUGAAGGGUUUUAAAUACAAUCCAAAUAAUUCUGUUCAUUUUCCUGGACCUGGGUAAUAUAAUCCUGAUGAUUCAAUGUGUAAACUAAAGGAUGGUUCAGUUAAGAUAGCUCCUGAAUAGAGAUCUAAAGCAUUGUUAACUCAAUAUGUUCCAGGACCUGGUUAAUACUCAAUGAAAUCUACUCUCGAAGGACCUUCUUGGGGAUUCAAGAAAGAAAUUAGAUCUACUUUAAUUAAAAAGGAUUUUAAUCCUGGACCAGGAUCUUAUAAUAUUCCACCUAAAUUUAAUGAUGUUCCUAAAUAUUUAUUAUAGAAAUGA